AAUGAAAACAGCGCCUCGGCAACUUUUAACACCAGCCCGUUGUGAUGUGAAUUCAUGUGAGCGUUAAUUAAACAGUGUCUUUCGGCGGCUGGCAGGCUGACAACCGCCUGAGAGGAGCGGGGAAUGUGAGAGAGCGGAGCGGAGCGGCAGGGCGCACCGCUGUCUCCGACUGCUUUUUGUCAGCUGAGCUGUUUGCAUCCCGAGGCCCGGCCGUUAUCACAGGCCUCAUCUCGCAAGGACACAUUUCCUGUUCGCGGUCUGAAAGGGACUCCAACAUGGGGGUCAAAACCUUCACCCACAGCUCAACCUCCCACAGCCAGGAGAUGCUUGAGAAGCUCAAUGCUUUGCGCAACGAGGGUCACUUAUGUGACGUCACCAUCCGGGUGCAAGACAAGCUCUUCCUGGCCCACAAAGUUGUCCUGGCCUGUUGCAGUGAAUUCUUCCGCUCCAAACUGGUGGGACGGCCGGAGGAGGAGGACAAGUUUGUGUUGGACCUUCAUCACGUGACAGUUAGCGGUUUCGCUCCUCUGUUGGAAUAUGCCUACACGUCCACCCUGUCCAUCAGCACAGAGAAUAUCAUUGAUGUCCUGGCAGCUGCAAGUUACAUGCAGAUGUUUGCUGUGGCUAGCACGUGUUCAGAGUUCAUGAAGUCGAGUAUUCUGUGGGGCCCCGGUAACAACAACAACAACAACAACAUGGCAGCAGACAAACCGCAUGAAUCAGCACCAGAGAGCGCCUCAUCAAACUGUGCCCUGACGCCGUUGGACGGCAGCGUGUCACCUGUGUCUUCUGACUGCAGCGUGAUGGAGAGGAAUGUUCCCAUAUGCCGCGAAUCACGACGGAAACGCAAAAGCUUUGUAACAAUGGCAUCACCAGAGAGCCCGCUCAAAUGCACUACACAGAUGGUCACCACCUCCCCUCAGAUCCCCAACCCAUCCCCCUCGUUCUCAGAUAGCACAGCCCAGCCUGUUGAGUCCUCCCUGGCCUUUCCAUGGACAUUCCCAUUCGGUAUCGACCGGAGGUUCCACUCGGACAAAUCAAAGCUCCCAGAGAGCCCUCGUUGUUUAGAGCAGGGCACCCCAGGGACCUCAGAGGUAGUGGUCGGUCGUCGCCUUAGUGACUUCCUCACAUGCGAGAGCUCCAAGGUGGUGUCGUCGCCCGUGGCAGCAGAGGAGGAAGAUGUAAGGGUGAAGGUGGAGCGUCUCAGUGAUGAGGAGGUCCAGGAGGCGUCAUCACAGCCGGUCAGUGCCUCUCAGAGCUCGCUGAGUGACCAACAGACAGUGCCAGGGAGUGAGCAGGUCCAGGAGGAGCUGCUUAUCAGUCCACAGUCCUCCUCUAUAGGCUCGAUGGAUGAGGGAGUGUCAGAGGGUUUGCCGUCAAUGCAGAGCACCUCUAACGCUGGAGGACAUGCAGAAGAUGAUGAGAGGCUGGAAGGUAUUCAGUAUCCGUACCACCUCUAUAUCAGCCCGUCAGCUCGGCCCGGCACCAAUGGCCCUGACCGGCCCUUUCAGUGUCCAACAUGUGGAGUCAGAUUUACACGCAUUCAAAACCUGAAACAGCACAUGCUCAUACACUCCGGCAUUAAACCUUUCCAGUGUGACCGCUGUGGGAAAAAGUUCACACGGGCCUACUCCCUAAAGAUGCAUCGGCUGAAGCACGAAGGUAAACGCUGUUUCCGGUGCCAGAUUUGUAGCGCCACAUUCACGUCCUUCGGUGAAUAUAAGCACCACAUGAGGGUCUCCCGACACAUAAUCCGCAAGCCGCGGAUUUAUGAGUGCAAAACGUGCGGCGCCAUGUUCACCAACUCUGGCAAUUUAAUUGUACACCUGAGGAGUCUGAACCAUGAGGCAUCCGAACUAGCAAACUACUUCCAGAGCAGUGAUUUCCUCGUGCCCGACUACCUGAGCCAGGUGCAGGAGGAGGAGGAGGCGCUGGGAGUCCAGUAUGAGCUGGAGGAGUCUCAACAUCACCCGGUCUACCCGGGCAGCACCUCCACCUCCACCACCACUGCCGCCUCGUCCUCCUCCUCAGUCCAGAUGCCUGUCAUCUCCCAGGUCUCUUCCUCCACCCAGAAUUGUGAGAGUUCCUCCGGCUUCCUUUCACCCGAGCCCCUGGAUCCCCUGGAAGCCCCAGCCUCCCUCAAGAUGGACGCCGACGAGACGGCAGCCAUGACAGAGGAGACCAAGAUGGACAACAGUGUCGGAGGCAGUUCCCCAGAGGUGUUUGAAGAAGAGCAGCAGCAGCAUGCUCAGGCCAAGGAGGUGGCUUCCAUUACCAUAGAGUGAUUCAAGUCUUCUACUUGCCCAUCAUGUCUUAUUUUGCAGUCAUGUCAUAUGGGAAUAUCAGUUGAGAUGAUUUGACGGCUGAAAGGGACGACUUGAACGGACACGUCGUCAUGUGAAGUCAUCAAGACGCCGAGUUUGAAGUUUUCUGAAGACUUCAGUCGGCUUGAUGGCGCUUUUCUACAUGCAACGCAGAUGCACUUAUUUGAGUGUAUGUUCUACACCAAACCAAAUCCAGCAAAUGAUAAUUGUCUUUUGUUUUCCUGAUAUGAUUUCCUUAACUUUACUGAUAAUAUGAGAUUUCAGCACGUAAGAAGAUCAGUGUAUUAAAAGCAUUUCUACCAUGUGGAAAUGCCGGGAAACAGUAUUUUUUAAGAGUCAUUUGAAAUAGUAAGGUUGUUUUUUCCCAUAUGACGUGAAUGCAGCACUAGCUAAAGUCAUUUCUGUCUUAGCCAAUUUGAGGUCUGUUAAAUCCAAGCCUUGCUCUACUUUUGGAAAGUGCCUGAGAGUUCCCAUUUUAACACAGUAACGUGUAGAGGAAGAAAAGGUCUUGACUUUGCCAACAGUGACAAAUCAAGUGUUUGCAAACUGAGCUAAAGAAAAAAAUCCUUGUAUUUCAUUUGUAGUGGUAAUGCUAGUUUGUAUGGGCAGAGACUGUGUUAUUCCUUCAGUGCCGUCGCUAUAGGCAAACUGUUAAAUGUCAAUAUUAUCUAUACUGCAAUAGCUUGUACUGUAGUUUUACUAUUUGAAUGCUGUGUAUGUUGGGUGUUGUGAAAUAUGACAUGUCAGGUGUGUGUAUGUGCAUUUCUUUGAUCAAUAUGAACACAGUACAUUUCAUUUUAAAUGUUUAAAACUUGAACUAUAUUGACAAAGUAUUCCCUAAAGACAUUUGUGCAGUAUAGAACUUUUCUGAACUAUUUUUUAUUUUUAAUGAACACUGCUGUUAAAUCAGCCUUUGUGUCUCCAAACUAAACUUUGGAUCAAGUUUGAUCAGCACUGAUCUGUCUUUUGUUUUUAAAAUUCAAUCAAAUAAAAUACAAAACAAGGCAGAAAUUGAUGUUUAACACAAAAAUGGA